AUGGAGAGCUCCAUGAAGCAGGUAGUGGUGGAAGAGGUGGUCCUGCUGGGGGUCAUCAUCGCCGGCGCCCUCCUGAUGUGGCUGCGGGCGGACCAGAGGCACACUGAUGCUGUCCUGUGGAUGGGGCUGUGGAGAGGAUCGGCUUGGGAUGAGGAUGCGGCUACUUUCUACGUGGAUUCUGGGGAUGGAAACGCGGCCACCGUCAUCUAUGACUACAAGAAUCUGCUAGUGAGCUACAGAUCCCAGCUGCACCGCGCUUGCUACAUCACCCGCAUGGACCAGGACAACAUCCUGGGGCUGGACACCAUCACCGAGACCUUCCAGCGCCGGCAGGCUGAGGAGAGGCUCGCCAUGCCCCUGGUUGACCGCUCCAUCCUGGGUACCACAGUGAGCAUCCUCUGCAGCAUCGUCCCCAUCUACUGGGCUUAA